AUGCUGGUUGAUGAUGAUGAUGAUGAUGAUGAUGAUGAGGGUGGUGCGUUGGGGGGGGCAGUGGUGGCAAGGGAAGCUGCUGAAGCUGUUGGUGCAAGCUUUUUCAUGCCGCAUGCUUUGACCGUUGCCGGGCUGCAGCAUGUUGUGAACAACCUGUGUGCUGAAGUCCACCAGGGACUUAACCAUUGGAGUGCGUUUCAUGCCGAGUUGAAAGCCCUUGAGUCCCUGCUCCGGGUGCAAGAGCGCCGCCAGCGUUUUGUGUGGACGUGCCUGCACGGCACUCAGCUUGAAGCCCAAACAUUCCGCUUUGAUAAGUUUCAAGGGAGCCUGUACGAAACCCGGUGGCAUGAGGUGUUGGGUUUUCUCCGGCAUCUCAAGCCUUUGCUUCCAGUUUUGAGCAGAGCGUGGGACAGUGCCAAGUACAUCCGUGGGGUGAAUCUUGAAGGAUUUGCCAGGCCAGUGCAGGCACGAGCAGAGCAAGCGCAGAAUGAACAACAGGGGCUUGCCGCUUUUGAUCCUGAGAAGAUUACGCGUGCUCUGCAGAGCCCCUUGUUCCACUGUUAUGUGUCCAUGGCGUUGGGGUUAGAACAGGUGCCCGAGGCUUUGGCUAGCGCAGCAGAGGGGUGUCCGUGCCAUCGUGCAAUGUUCAAGCACGUGAGUGAUCACAUAAGACAAAAGAUACUGGAAAAGCGCUUCAGGCCAGGAAUCACAGUGUGCCCAAUGGCUGGCAAGCUUUUGCCAGAACUUGUUGCAGGUGAACUUGAGUCUGUUUUCGAGCGCAUUUGUGCGCUGCAAGAGAGUGAGCUCACACUGAUGCCCCUUCAUGGUUUGCGACCUUUGACAAGCGAUGAAUGGAACCUGUUGGUUUCAGAUUUCAGAGCAGGCAAGUCCAAGAUGUUGCUGCUUCUUCGAAUGAAGACUGGGUAUCUCCAGAAAGUACCCUGGGCCUUUUCAGGUCUUGCCCACACGGAUGAGAAUGUGGCACGUGAGAUGGCCAUGAAAAUUCUCCAGCAAUGGGAGAUGGAUCCCAGGCCUCAGGCGCAUCAUCGGUUGACUGCCAGGCUUAUGGGGCAAGAGAAUUUCAUAGGGCCCCUUCGAAGCUUCAAGGACGGUGCUUCUCUAGAUUCAUUGUGCUUGGAGUUUCAGCAGCAAGUUGCGUGUUGGAGGCUUGUGCCCAUUGUGGAAACAACAAUCGAAGCCAAACAUGCCCGUGUGUCUUUGGCAAAGCGCAGGCAUCACCUUGGGCCAGUGCGCAUCAGUUUGGCAAACAGGCUGCCACUUCUAACUAGAUGGGUCCAAAGGGGUCAUGUUGACUCAGUUGAAUUAGUAAGACUAUUCUCGAAAUCCCGGUCCCUGAAAAAGAUCCCUGGCUUGCUUGAUAUUGCAGAUCACCCGGAUCUUGACGCAGCUCAGUUUCGAAAGGGUCCAGCAUCCAUGAGGGUUCUUCUGGGGAAGUUGAUUUACCGUUGCAACAUUAGGGACAUGUACCACUCCUACGAAGUUGCUGGUAAAGCGAAUGAGCGCUCAAAGCGUGCUGCAGCCAAGGCCCAGGCAAAGCUCAUCCCCAGCAAUUCAAGCGCCUUGACUUAUGAUCGUGUGGUCCUCUGCGCCAUGCAGCAACACAUGCUGCAAAACCAUGAAGCCUCAGCCACGACGUGUUAUUAUUCUGCCCCCAGGCAGUGCAUGCAGCUGCAGUCUGUAGAAGCAGUCUUGGAGGAGCCGUCCACGAAGCGUCAGCGUGUUGAUGCCUUGCCUGAUGAUGCAGAUUCAGGACUUGCUCCUGAUGUGGGCAUGUGGGUUCCUGACACCCAGCCAGUCACGUUUCAAAUUUUGUUGAAGAAUCCUGGGGAUAAGAAAGUCAUUCGACCAGCAGUAGGUGUUGGAGGGAGGCUUGCCAAGGGAGCAGUGGUAGCUGUUCACAAAGGCAUUUGCUGUCAGGAUGCGUGUCUCUCAGACUCAAUUGUUGUGGCUGGUUCAGCUUCGGCAAGUGACGUUUCCGGUCAGUUUUUGUUGAGCAACCUGGCUGGCACGAUCGAGGAACUUCAAGCCAGCAUGAAAGCAUGGAAAUCCCAAAAGCUCGUUUGGACUCUCAAUGCUGAGGACGUUGGGUUUGAGCUUGAUGAGGUUGACAGUCUGCUGCAGGGCAUGGUUGCUGCAGGUGCGUUUGAAGGGAAUACGGAAGGGCUGGGGUUCUCAGCGUUGCCAGCCCAGCGCCCCCUGCUUGAGUCUUUGCAACGCUUAGGCCUUGUGUUGUGUGCUGGUGAACAAGACCUUCGGUGGCGCUUGUCCGAAGUGGGCACAAGAGCUUUGAGCAGUUGUUGCAGGUUGUCGGCCCCAGUGAACGUGUUUCAUGUGCCAGACAACCUGAAGAUUGCUGAUGCCACAGUGUAUGAAGUCAUCAUGCUGUUGCAGGCCAAUGGUUGGGUGUGGCAGGCUUGGGUGCCUGUCUCCAAACGCACUCGUAGGAUGGCGUUGCAAGGUCGAACUUUCGACGAUUAUGCCAGAGGGAAGCAGAAGAUAUGGUACUCAGGAGAGGUGCCAUCUCUGCCAUAUCUUCGUGUGUUGUGGGAUGCAGAAAAGAUUUUUGAUCUUGGCCUGCCGGCAAUCCCGCAUGGCAGGGAGGACGCUUGCUACAAAGCUUUGCUUCGAGGUGAGGUGGACGAGGAGUUGGCUCGAGGUGCAAUUUUGCCACCAGACGUUGAUGCAAUUCCAGACAGGGAAAGUGAUGAUGAUGCUGUGCUGCGUGCUCUAGAGCAGCUUGAAAAUGAUCCAGAACCUGAUGAGGAUUUGCCAGACAUUGAAAGGGAGCUUGUUGAAGCAUUUGAGCUGCUUGAGAACGGUGCAACUUCUGCGGAAGAAGAGCAGCCAGCGAGCCCAGCAAGGCCAGCCGGUCCUGAGAUUGGGGAUUUGGGGGAUCGCCGUGUAGAUGAAGUUCCACCUGCAGAGCCUGUUGCGGUCCAUCGUGGUCCCAGGGACGGCGUGGCCAAUCCAAGGCCAAAGCGUGCAGCAGCUCCUGCCGGUGAAGGCCCACAGCUGGAGGGAGGCUUCUUUGGCAUCUUCAGAAUAACAGCGAAAAAAGCCGGCACAGUUGGCGGUGGUGCUCACGGUGGAUAUCAAGCCACCUGUCUUUUUCACAAAAAGAAUGACAAAACCGGCUGCAAGCGCUUCUUGUCCUGCGAAAGCUCCAAUGAGUCAGACCGGCAAAUGACACUCCGAAGACUGAUGUGGUGGUGCACAUUGGCUCAGCAGCACAGCACGCAGCGCAAUCAUUUGAGUGUGCCCCUUCCCACUGAGACUUGCCCUCCAUUGGCAGUGCUUGAAGCUCAGUGCUCUUUGAUUGAGAGACCAGAGCCAGCGUCAAUAAAAACAGAUGUAGAAAUUGCAGCAGCAGCCGCCAGGCAUGCAGCUGCAAAGGCGAGGCCCAAGCAGAGUGCUGCCAGGCCAGCCAGUGCCAGCGCAAAAGCAGCCCGCGAGGCUGUUGCAAAGUCAAAAGCCAAGGCUAAAGGCAAGUCGAAGGCAAAAUCCCAACCAAAGGCAAAAGCCAGCGCAUCUGCUGACGCCGAUCCUGGCUCUGAUGAGGCAGCCAGCGAUCCUCCUACUUCAGAAGAGGCAGACUCAGAUUCAGCCUCAAGCUCAAGCUCCAGCUCGGGCAGUAGUUCCAGCUCGAGUAGCUAG